AGCUGCUUUUGGCAUUUAAUAAUAUUUUGAGUGUGUUUUCAGUUUGUAUUUCAAAAUGUUGCUAAAAACAGUGGAUAUAAAUGGUGAGCAGCAUUUAUUUACCUGCUUUGAAGAGGGCGUUGAUAAAGACAUAACUCUUUAUAUACACAAUACCCAAAAUAAUGUGAGUUACUCAGAGACUUUGGCGAAAGAUGUUUUUCAGCAGCGUUUGAAGACGCUCAAUGCACGUGUAAAGUUCCCAGAGGAUGCAGUGCGUCUGGCUCUGCUUAAAUCAGAUCCUUCACAUGCCGAAUUUGCCGAUAGUAAACAUGAAUCUUCAAUUCUCAGUCUGAAGUAUUCCAUGGUCAAUACCGCAGUGCCUCUAAAAUGGAACUGGCACUUGAGUCCCCUAAACAAUGCACAGUUCUAUCGCGAGGUCUGCAUGAAUUCAGUGUCCACGGCUGGCGGACUACGGGAUCAGGUGUCCUUCUUGAUAGAGGUUCUACGAUCCAAGGACAAGGAGCUGAAACAGUUUCGCACCGAGGGAUGCAAGAUUUUUAGAGAAUCGAAUCACGAGUCUUUAGAGGUGUUGGAUGCCAUCAAAAACAAAAGACUCGAGAUGAAGAAGGCCGCCCGCAUCCUGGGCGUUUCCUACGGCACUCUUUAUGGGCGUUAUCGCGAGGUGUACGGCUGCCUGAAGCAUCCUUAUAGUGGCACCGCCUUCCGGAACUCGGGAUCCACCUCGGCGAGCCAGUUGGGAGUUCAGCCACGCUUCGAUUUGGGAUUUCGAAAUGGCGGUGUCCUGCCAGCUCAGUUGGUCCAAACCAAUCCCUACUUGCAGAGCUGGGCAAGCUGAAGAAGGAUCUGAGCGAUCUAUGGACACGUCCGCAGAUUUGAGGACCAACCAACGCCACAACCAUGAAGAAACUACAUAAAAAUCUCAAACGACGCCACAGGCUGAUCUAGGAUCACAAGGAUAAAAGACAGCUAGACGAGGCUAGUUUAAGGCCCCGACAAACAAUAACCCUUUCCUAAAUCGAUUCCCACUUUAAUUUGUUGUACACCUCGGGUCACAACUAUAACUGAUCUACACAUUUAGGAUCUUAAUAUUACAUAAUAUAUAAUAUAAAUACAUGUCUAUAUAAAUAUACAUUUAAUGCCGACGUACGCGUGGAUUAGUUAAUUGAAAUACUUAUUAUAAAUACACACGGGCACGUGUUGUUCUAGAGAUAAAUACAUUUCUCUUGGUAGUGAAAUUAAAAAAACAUAAACUAUGGAAUCUAGUUAAUCGGUAACAUAAAACGAAAAUGAAGUGAAUUUUUUGAUAAGCUAACGAAAACGAACACAAACAAUAUGUAUUACAUACAAAAAAUAUGUUUAAAACGAAAUAAAAUAUCUAUUAAAAAUAUAUGUGAAACGAAA